UUUAACAAACAAACAUUCUUUGAUGCAUUCACAAUUCACAAUUCACAAACGACACUCACCAAUCUUAAAUAAAUACUUACCUUUCCCGUCCCAAAUAUUUGUGGCACAUCUUAUAGAGAUCAUACUUGUAAUACCUCGUUCUAUGACUUUUCCACCAUCAUGAGUUCCAGGCCUUAUAAACCCGGCCCUGACGCCGACAUGUAUGAUGACCAAGAACAUUCGACCGAGUAUCGACACCAUGGAGCACCUGGAUUUGAAUCGCGGAAGGGUAAUCGACAGUUUAGAUAUGCAGAUUGCCAAGUAUAUGUGCUGAUCAUCAAUGUCUCAAGAUAACUCAAGGAGUCCUCCACGAGGACAUGCUUCUGGCAGACCACACGACUCAGAAUACCCAGAACGCCCAUAUCGAGUCGACCGCAAUCCAUAUGAAAACAGACAUGAGCGUGGUCAUGAUAAGGAAAGAUCAAGGUCUCCGCGCAGAGAGAAGAGAGGCCGUUAUACGGACCGCGAUCGCGAAGGAUAUAGAUCUCCAGUCCAUGAGAGAAGUCGCAGUCGUUCGCCUCAUCAUGGCGCACCACCAAAUCGAACCAUCAUUUUUGAAGGAUUGCCUCUAGAUAUGACACAGGAAGACGUUGGCCGCCCCAUUCCUACAAAUCUGCACCGAACCUGAGAAUCCACUUCUAGCCUAAGUGUAAUGUGAAAUUUUUUGGAAUUCUGGCUAAGCAUAGCGAUUGGCCUUGUUGGCCGUUGUUUUGAUUUAUAGAUAUCAAAAGAACUUCAAAAUAGUCUUAAAGUUGAAGGUGUGGAGGAGAUUAGGUUGAUCAAGGAUAAAAAGACUGGUAGGCACGCGGACUGUUACUUUAGGGUGAUACAUCACUAAACAUUUGGUUCUCAGGUAUAUCUCGAGGGUUUGCAUUUGCGCAAUUCUAUACCCUACCAGAAGCAAAACGAUUUCUCAAGGAACAUUACCCGUCCAUUUCAUUCUAUGGUCCUUCGCAGGCAUCAGAACCAGCCAAAGUCAGAAUCGCUUACAGUCGCGAGAAGAACGAUCAAGAACGAUCAAGCAAGCAUGGGGAUGAUUGGAAAUGUGACGUUGUGCGUUAUCUUUACACCAUUCAGAAUGUUGGAAGCUAAUAGGAUCCAGUGUUACACAUUGAAUUAUUCAUACAGAAUGAUGUGUUUCAAAUGCGGUGGCCCUAGAACUAGUACGCAUUUCAGCCACAUGAAGAUUCUAUAUCGCUAAUUAUCUUAGGACCAACUGCUCAUGGUGUUGUUUUGACCCAAGGAAAUGUAUCUAGCUACUCAGGAUUCGCUACGACCGGUGAUAGUGACGCCUCGCCCGACGAAACAGCCUCUCAAUUUCUCUUACUUAGAGGCCUCGAACCUGGUGUGACGGAGGAACUUCUUGCCAAAGGAGUAAGCAAACUUUACAAGACCAAAGCAAGCACAUCAGCGGAUGUACAUACAGCUAAGAAGACAAAAAUAUCUUCCACUUCCGCUGAUGCCUCACUUGGUGCAAGAGAAGGUUCUCUCCGCCGCGUGUUACUGAUUCGGGAUCGUAAAACGAAUGAUAGUUGGAGAUAUGGUUUUGCUGAGUUUGCUUCAGUAGAGGAUGCUCAAAAUGCUUUGGCCAAGUACAACGCUACAGACAAGUUUACCAUAUCUUCGAAGCCUGUGAUGGUUUCAUACAUCCACGCAGGCGUAUUUGUGCCCGUUCUUGACGUUCUAAAUGAAGAAUCCGCGAGGUUCACAUUCAGUCCAUUGUCAAACCCUGCGGUUAAUUUGAUGUACUGGGAUACUACGGCUUAUGCUAGCGAGCUGUCUACUGUAAUCCCAGAGGCACCAGUGAAGAAGACGAAUAAUGACCGAGCUAAAUUAGCUAAUGCAGCAGCAAAUGAAGGACUUGUUGGUGGCAAGGAUGGAGAAUUUCGGUCCAAGAAAAGAAAAAUCGAAAAGGAUGCGGCUGUGAGUGCUAAAAAGGUUGUUGCUCCACAUCUCCAAUUUUGGACCAAUAGACAUAACGAGAUCCAUGGCCUGCCCGCCAAGGAUUUUGAAGACAAUGAGCCUGAAUCGACUGCUGCAAUUGCAAAAUCUACAUCAGAACCCAUUGCCGAUGCUCCACCUAUUCAAUCAUACGCAGACAUGGCUCGAAAAUGCUGUAUUUUAUGUUCCCGUCAAUUCAAGACGGAAGCAGAAGUCAACAAGCACGAAAGAAUCAGUCAGCUUCAUCGCGACAAUACAAAGAACGAAGAAAUGGUUUCAAAAGCUUUAGCCAAGCUCAAGAAAUCUGCAAGUGAUUCAACCUCAGCCGAAAACUCCGCUUAUAGAGAUCGAGCCAAGGAACGUCGUCAGGCUUUCAAUCAGCCCAAGCAACCUGCUGCGCAACACAAUAAAUCGAAGACUUCAUCUACCAGUCCCCCUUCGCAAAAAGAAGAAGAUAACGAGCCAGUAGCACCCGCACAAUCUAAGGGUGCAGCACUAUUAGGAAAAAUGGGUUGGAAUGCUGGAGAAGGUCUCGGUGCUCAAGGUACAGGAAGAACGGAAGCUAUUGCUACUGAGCUCUAUACGCAAGGUGUUGGUUUAGGAGCUGAGGGAGGUAAGCUAGGUGAUGCGAUGGUGGAAGCGGAGAGGCAGACAAAAGGUGAUUAUAAGACGUUUGUAGGUAGAACAAAAGAAAAGGCUAAGGAGAGGUAUGAGACUCUGGGUUGAGGCUUGAGGGUUGAGGUGGGUCGAGUGUGUAUUGUAUGAAUAUAUUAAUAGGUACUUUUUAAAUGAAAUAAAGCU